CCAGACCUCCAGCCCUCCAGCAAAGCAGGCAUGAGCUUUGAUAUUUUCGAGCAAUUCUUAUCAAAGUUCUCUCAUAAUUUCACUAUUUACUUCACUUUGGGGCCUCGCUGGGCCCAGAAAGGAAUGAAUGCUGCCAACAACGAAGGAUGCUGACCUGUCUCAGGGGUCAAACGUGCACGAAAGAGAAACAAACGUGGCGGAAAACGGUGUUCCAAGGAAAAAACGACGAUUGAGUAACAACGUCAAGAACGGAACGUGUAAGACAUCUCCCGAUCCUCUGCAGAGUGAGUUGAAUUUUCAUCCUCACAAGAAACAAAAGACAGUGCUUCCUGCGGAAGGCGUCGAAAACGCGGAUUCCUCGAUGGCCGAGCCGCAAAGAAAGGCAAAUUUCUCUGCCUACGGAAAUCAUUUUCAUGAGCGCUCUCCUCUGGCGAAUAAUUCUGCCAAGCCGGGCCAGGCUAAGAAGCUCGUUAUAAAAAACUUUAAAGCCAAGCCACAUCUACCAGAAAACUUCAAGGAGGCAACAUGGCAGAAAUUAAAAGAAGCUGUCCAGGCAAUUCACAAAAAGACAUUUGUCAUUUACAGUUCUGAAGAACUUUAUAAGGCUGUUGAAAACAUGUGCUCACAUAAAAUGGCUGCAACAUUGUACGACUUGCUGAAAACAGAGUGUGAAUCUCACGUGAAGUCAAAUCUUCAGCAGUUUGUUUGUGAUGCCAUGGACAGUGAAUUAUACCUGGGAAAACUUAACCACUGUUGGGAAGAUCAUUGCAGAGAUAUGAUUAUGAUAAGAAGCAUUUUCCUCUAUCUUGAUAGAACAUAUGUUCUUCAGAACUCUACAAUAUUGUCCCUAUGGGAUAUGAGCCUGAAUUUGUUCCGUAGACACAUUCUGAGUAAUCCAACAGUUCAAAGCAGAACAGUAGAUGGAUUACUGCAGUUGAUAGAAAAUGAAAGACAUGGCGAGGCAGUAGACAGAACGUUACUCAAAAGUUUGUUAAGAAUGUUAGCCGACUUGCAGAUGUAUGAGGAUGCCUUUGAAACAAAGUUCCUGAAAGCAACUGAAGCUCUUUAUCAUGAAGAAGGAAACAGAUAUAUGCAGGAAACAGAUGUACCCAAAUAUCUUGCACAUGUGGACAGAAGAUUAAAAGAAGAAAAUGACAGACUGCUUCACUAUUUAGAUCAAUCCACAAGAAAACCUCUUAUCCCUUGUGUUGAGAAGCAACUUUUAGGACAGCACUUAAGCAGCAUUCUUCAGAAAGGUUUUGACAGCUUGAUGAUAAGUUACAGACUCAGUGACCUGGCACUUCUUUAUCAGUUGUUCAGUAGAGUCAAGAGAGGCCAAGACGAACUGUGUGCUGCUUUCAAUGAAUACAUCAAGAAACAAGGCACUAGUAUUGUCUUGGACCCUGAAAAGGACAAGAGCAUGGUACAGGAUCUGUUGGAUUUCAAAGAACAGCUGGACAGCAUCAUAGAGGAUGCUUUUAUGCGAAGUGAAAAGUUUGUGAAUUCAAUGAAGGAUGCCUUUGAAGCAUUUAUCAACAAAAGACCAAACAAGCCAGCGGAACUGAUAGCAAAAUUUGUUGAUUCCAAGCUAAGAGCAGGAAACAAGGAAGCAACUGAAGAGGAACUUGAAAAGCUUUUAGACAGAAUAAUGGUGCUCUUCAGAUUUAUACAUGGUAAAGAUGUGUUUGAGGCAUUCUACAAGAAAGACCUGGCCAAGAGACUGUUAGUUGGCAAGAGUGCUUCAGUUGAUGCAGAGAAGUCAAUGCUGUCCAAACUAAAACAAGAAUGUGGUGCAGCUUUCACUAGCAAGCUUGAAGGAAUGUUUAAAGACAUGGAGCUUUCUAAGGACGUGCUUCUUCACUUCAAACAGUACCUACAGCACCAGGACCUUCCAGGCAGUGUGGACAUGGUAGUAAGCAUCUUGACAAUGGGCUACUGGCCUACCUACACUCCAGUGGAGGUGCAUCUGCCGUCUGAGAUGGUUCAAUACCAAGAAUCAUUCAAGACAUUCUACAUUGGAAAACAUGGCGGUAGAAAACUUCAGUGGCAGAAUACGUUGGGACACUGUGUAGUCAAGGCUGACUUCGGCCCUACCGCGGAGGAGAAGAAGGAGCUUCAAGUGUCAUUGUUUCAAACCUUGGUGCUGUUAAUGUUCAAUGAAGGAGAGAGAUUUGUUCUGGACGAGAUCAAGCAAGCCACGGGAAUAGAGGAUGGCGAACUAAGACGAACACUACAGUCCCUUGCUUGUGGUAAAGCGCGUGUUCUCAUCAAGAAACCCAAGGGCCGUGAUGUAAAUGACGGCGAUCAAUUCUUCUUCAACAACGAGUUUAAACAUAAACUCUGUCGAAUCAAAAUCAAUCAGAUACAGAUGAAAGAAACGCAAGAGGAAAACGUCAACACAACAGAACGAGUGUUCCAAGAUCGACAGUAUCAAGUGAGUGGAUUUUCGUUGCUAUUUUUGUACUUUUUCCUCUCUUUUGGAUGGUGGUGUCUGGGUCAGUGUUUGAUACAUUGCAUGAAGCUGUGGUGUGUUCCUAUUGAUCUUUCUGAAUUCUAUCCUUCACCUCUGACAGCAAAAUUUGUUGAUUCCAAGCUAAGAGCAGGAAACAAGGAAGCAACUGAAGAGGAACUUGAAAAGCUUUUAGACAGAAUAAUGGUGCUCUUCAGAUUUAUACAUGGUAAAGAUGUGUUUGAGGCAUUCUACAAGAAAGACCUGGCCAAGAGACUGUUAGUUGGCAAGAGUGCUUCAGUUGAUGCAGAGAAGUCAAUGCUGUCCAAACUAAAACAAGAAUGUGGUGCAGCUUUCACUAGCAAGCUUGAAGGAAUGUUUAAAGACAUGGAGCUUUCUAAGGACGUGCUUCUUCACUUCAAACAGUACCUACAGCACCAGGACCUUCCAGGCAGUGUGGACAUGGUAGUAAGCAUCUUGACAAUGGGCUACUGGCCUACCUACACUCCAGUGGAGGUGCAUCUGCCGUCUGAGAUGGUUCAAUACCAAGAAUCAUUCAAGACAUUCUACAUUGGAAAACAUGGCGGUAGAAAACUUCAGUGGCAGAAUACGUUGGGACACUGUGUAGUCAAGGCUGACUUCGGCCCUACCGCGGAGGAGAAGAAGGAGCUUCAAGUGUCAUUGUUUCAAACCUUGGUGCUGUUAAUGUUCAAUGAAGGAGAGAGAUUUGUUCUGGACGAGAUCAAGCAAGCCACGGGAAUAGAGGAUGGCGAACUAAGACGAACACUACAGUCCCUUGCUUGUGGUAAAGCGCGUGUUCUCAUCAAGAAACCCAAGGGCCGUGAUGUAAAUGACGGCGAUCAAUUCUUCUUCAACAACGAGUUUAAACAUAAACUCUGUCGAAUCAAAAUCAAUCAGAUACAGAUGAAAGAAACGCAAGAGGAAAACGUCAACACAACAGAACGAGUGUUCCAAGAUCGACAGUAUCAAAUUGACGCAGCUAUUGUUCGUAUCAUGAAGACCCGUAAGACGCUCAGUCACACGCUCCUCGUGACUGAGUUGUUUAAUCAACUCAAGUUUCCUGUUAAGCCUACAGAUCUCAAGAAACGCAUCGAAAGCCUGAUAGAGCGCGACUACAUGGAAAGAGACAAGGAGUUCCCCAACCAGUACCACUAUGUGGCGUGACACUACAGCCAGCCGUCACGCGCGCUGCGUUACUUCAGACACCCAUGUUAAUGUCCAUAUGAUUAUGGUUAGAUGCUGAUACUCGUCAUACAACAGCACUUUCAGUUUUCUGUGGUUGGACUGGCGCGGAAAUCUGUCUUGUCGUCUACUGCCAAACAGUUGCCUAGUACUCUGCAGAGUGAAAUCCAAAGGCUAUCAACAUGUUACUUCUCCUAACCGACUGUCAGGGAUUCUCUGAGCGCUAGUUUUGAGAAAUUAAGGGUACAUUAAGACUAUCCCUUAAAAGAUAAUUUGUAAUUGUAAGGACAAAAUAGAUGUUGAGAUGUAAACCAGAACGGGGGAAUCGCGAACAAGGUGAUAGAAUAGAGGUCACGCGUUUGCACGCGCGUGUUAGCGCUUCGCGUCUCGCGCGUCUCGCGCGUCUAGUGUUAUUGUACAUGAAAACGGGUCUGCGGAGGCUUAUCCUUACAGCUUGCAAAGGACAAACUAUGUUAAGCUUGACGUGUUUGGUGUAACACACACUUCUUUAGUUUGCAUGUGAACUGUUUUGAAACUUAAUUUGUCUUGCUUACAGAAAGAGUGUUUUCUUUCUCAAAGUUCGUCAGCCUGAUCUACUGAGACAGCUUUAUUUUGCCAAACACAGUAAGCAAAACCGAAUGACACCCUAAAACAUUUGCCUCUAACUUGGCAGGAGCCUGUGUGUGUCCCAUUUAGCUUUCUGUAAACAAAGAAACUGUAACGCUGAACUAGUGGUAACGGCCAAGUGUAGUUUCGUGACGCGUGACCUUUCAGAGAGGGUGUAUGUUGUUUUGGUGUUAUUGGUACCGAGGUAACGCAAGGUGUUAAUGACAAUAAUCUUUAGAGAAUAGCCAUGUGGUUGGCAACCAACACUCUCCACGUUGGCGACGGCGGAAAAAAGUCUUCCCUACUAUUAUCGUGACUUCUGUCGUUCCGGGACGAUACCGGAUGUGAAAAGCUCACUUUCUGUCACAAACGCGAGUGCAAUACGACCGUUGCCCUUCAAUUGAGCCUGCAGUCAUAGUCAAGCGUUCAGUUGUGCAAGAAAGACAUGCAAACGAGGCAUUGGGUCACCGGCAUGACUCAACCGCCUCGUUUACAUGUUGUUUUGACUGUAAACCGCUCAGCGCUGUAGUUAGCGCCCUCAGUUCUACCAAAGGACCUCCUUUUUGUACAAAGGUAUUUUCAGGUUGUCUAGGACUCAUCGAGUAAAGUCAUUUGACCAGUGACCCGGUGUAUUUUAUGUUCUUAUAGCUUUGUGUAUAUUUUGACCUUUUUUUGCUUCGCCUAAUCGGAGUAAUUAAAUAGCUUGUUAAUAAAAUACCCAAUAGUUUUAGCAACCUUG